AAUAUUUCCUUUCCUUUUUUUCCCCCUCAGAAAAUGGCCUGUGAACAAGAUGCUAGGAAUGCCAAAUUCUACAAAAACAUUACUAACAUCAAAGACGUAGUCACUGACAGAUUUCUCUGUACAGGGGGACAGGAACCGGUGCUGGACCCCAACACUUGCAAAGGUGAUUCUGGUGGUCCUCUCAUUAUUCAGAAAAGGUUGCGUUAUAUUCAGGUCGGCGUGAUCAGCUGGGGUGUAGUUGAUGUCUGCAAAGGCCGUUCUGUGACAUGUGAGAACCCCUACGAAUUCCAGGAAGGGAGCCCCUCCUUUGCCCGGGAUUAUCACAUCAACCUCUUCAGAGUUAUGCCAUGGCUCAAAAAACAGCUGGCUGAGGAACUAGAGUUCAUCUAGAGUAGACUCAUUCUUCCCAGCCCACUAAGAUGCUCUGUGUAAAUAGAAAUGAUACCUUCCAAUCUUGCAAAGCAAAUUCUGUGCGAACAAUGACUAUUCCAUGCGACUGUAUAGAGAAACAUUAAAUGUGAUAUGUGUUAGCUCUC